GCGCGAGAAAGGUCGUCUCAUUCUUCGGAGUGUUCAGCAAAGUAGAUAGAGGAAAGAUAAAGAAGGCGGGCAGCUCGGUGACUAAAAAGGUAAGGGAAAAGUGGGCACGUUGCGCAGUCGAAGGAGACCCAAGAGAAGAAGUCGAGAAGGCCUUUGGAAAAGUCGUGGCAAGUAGGACUGGGAUGCGCGCAACGUGUGGAACAGGAGUAGGAGCAGUAUAUCGAGCAAUAUUUGACGCAGUCAGUUUUUUCGAACAGAUCGACUUGCAAAAUUUCCGAGAGGCAUGCGAGUCGCUAAAGCAGGGAGAGGCGCAGCAGAUAAAAGACGGCGUGGAUCUAGUCAAGGGAUUCGUAGACAGCUACAGAUAUGCUGCAAUGGGCCAGGGCCGAGUCUACAAGAUGCGGGACGGAAAAGGUGGACCAAUAGGCGGACCAUUCUCGUCAACAAUGUCUAGGGUAGCGCUAUCAUGCUGUGAAAACGAAAGUACCCAGAUGCUUCGAAACAGUAGCUGCCAAGUGUUGAGAUAUGGAGACGACAUCUUCUUCCAAGGAAACUACUGCCUGGAGUGUGCAAAAGCAAUCGUAGAUGCCGCAUACAGCCACCCGUUUGAGUUAGAGAGGGACAGCACGAGCGUGGAUGAGGCAGGAUCCUCAGCAGUCUCCCCUUGUGUGGAGGUAGCAUGGAUGGACUACAACACGGUAGAAAAAGCCGACGGCGGCAUAGAAGUGAAGCAAGCAAAGCGACUCGAUCAGAGAUAUAGGGUGCCUAUCUACAACAGAGCAGACCUGCAAUAUGCUCGAAGUAUCUUCUUGGCGAAAUUGGCAAGACACCAUACCCCAGAGGACGUGGAGAGGUUGAGGGAGGAUUUUGCUAUGAAUGGCUUUCCGAAGGGGGUCCUGGAGAACUUCUACCACUCGUCAAGAUUCAAACACAGCGGAGCGAUGAUGGAUCCCCCCCACCACGCAGAAUAG